GUUCCUCAAUCUUCUAGUUCACCUGCCGUAGCUCAAAAACCCAAAGAAUUACAGAUGAAACCUAGCAUACCGGCCUUCAAAAAUCCGAGAUUUGCUACUCUUGGUCCAAAAGAACGUAAAAUCAUGAUGGAGGCAUGGCGUGCUGGUGUUGCUAAAGAACAGCAACAAAAGAACACUACUGGAGAAGAUGAUGGGUUUAGUAAUGUGAACACCGGAAAUCAAUCGUCUGUUAAUAAUGGUAGUGAUUCCUCUACUGUAAAAGGAACAAAUUGGCAAGAGAUGCCUAAUUCUCCUGUCAAAGCAUUUGUUGAAGAAGUCUUGGUGGAUGAGACUAAUCUUUCUGCUGCAGAAGCUGCAGCUGUUGCUAAUGAAGUUCAACAUGGAUUGGCAGGUUCCGGUACAAAAUCUGCACAUUCUCGUCAAGCUUCUACUUCAACCCAUCGAAAUAUACCAUCACUUAUAACUACUGAUGUUGAUGGAUCUAAACAGGAACCUCAGUUUUCUGAAUCUCCUCCAAAUCAAAAUCCUUAUCAAUUGCUAUUUAAUCUUGCCAGUUAUAUUAUGGAUCGUAUGAAGGGCACAGAUUUAAUGGCCCUUAAUCGUAGAUUAAAGAGAACAUUUGAUAUUUUGGAGUUGACUGAUUUAAGUAAUAAUUUGAUUGAAAAUAUUUUGAAUGAUGUUGAAGGUUUCAGAGAACGGUUCAGAUGGGUAGAAGAACUAUGUAAUAAUGAUGAAAUAAAAACAAAUCAAAAAAUGGCUUUUAAUGAUUUGAAUGAUUCUGAGAAUGAUAAAAUUCAAAAAGAACUAUUUAUGUUUUCACCUGAACAUUUCUUGCCAUUAGUGCAUCUUUUACAGGAUCUUUUAACUGAGAUAGGCAAAUUACGUAUGAUAAUUAAUGAUGUUCAAGUAUCUUACGUGCAAAAAGUUGAAGAGAAUCGUCGAAAAGCUGAAGAGGAAUUUGGCAAAAGUGUUUUUGGUGGAAAAGAUGACGAACGGAUCAAGAGAAGAGGAAGAGCACAAAGUCAAAGUAGUGAUGGAGGUUUUGGAGCAUAUCUUAGUCGAGUCUUUGGGGGAGUAAAAGAGGUUCAAUCCGUAACACCUGCACGUCAUCAUAGUCGACGAUUGUCAGUAGACUUUUUGCACGACCGUGAUGUCUCUGUUGGUAGCAUUGAUACUUUUGCUGAGGACAAUUAUUAUAUAGAUCGUAAUUUGGAGUCAUAUAUAAGAACACCAAGUACACAAAGAGUUCAUAAAAGAAGAGAGAGUAAUGAUUCAUCAGUUGGAUCCUUUUUAAGGCAUGGGGUGAUUUCUUUAUUUGGCGGAGUCGGUGGCAGCACUUCUGGCAAGAAGAAUCAGAAGAGUGAUAGAGCCGAUAGUUUAGUAAGCACAAAAACGAAACACGUAAAUAUACUGGCUAGUAAUGGACAUCAGCGGAGAAUUGCGAGCGUCGACAAUGGUGAUAUUCCACCUAAUUUUCGACGUAUUCGUAAUUCAGAAAGAAGGUUGUCGGCUGAUGUAUCUACGAUACCCAUCAUAUCUCCGUCUUCAACAACUAUUCAAUAUUUUGGUUCCGAGGCUGCGCAUGCAUCUCAACCACAGCGUGCAUCAAUGCCACCACCAAUAGCAACUACGACACCGAGACAAUUAAGGAUAUCUACUGAUAAUACCAAUCUAGAAAGCCGUUUGCGACAACACUUAGCAGCAACACCACAAGUAAAUAAUAAUCCAUUGAAAACUCAGAGUAUUGAUGGUGAUGAUGGGUCAAUAUGGGAUAAAUUCUUCGAUGAAACGCCUAGUUACGAUUGGCCAUCUCAUUGUAAUGGUAAAAUGAUGGGUUUUAUCUGA